GAAGCGGGCUUGGAAUGUCGUAAAAUAGUUUUCCCUUUUAAAUCUGGAGAUUUCAAUCAUCUUCAAGAGACGGUUGAGAAGGAGUUUACAAAGUUAAAGACCCAAAACGGUGCAUUUGAGUUGUUAAGAGCAGAAUCAGGAGGCAUAUCAAGACCCCUAAAGCUUCUGUCCAUGCCAAGUAAUGGCUAUAGUAUGCCGUACUUAAAGAACCUAGUGGGCGCCAGUACAGUUAUCUACAUUCGUCCCAUGAACAGCAGUAUUUCUAGAGAAAAACUUCCACAGGUUGUAACUGCCUCAUCACCGUUUACGAGUGUCCAAAAUGUGACAAUCUCAUACCAAUUUUCAGUUUUAAGACAAUAUGUUUCUGUUUGCCCAGCCACUGAAAUCGAAGUUGAUGAUGAUAGAGAUAAAGACGUAGAAGUGCCAGUAUUUGAUACAAAGUCAAUUUCAAGUGUUGAGAAAAGCGAUCAGCUGGAGGAUGUCAAGAGCAACAAUGAAUGUUCUGCUGCUAAACAAUGUCAGGCAUCCACGUCAAAAGGCACAUCUGUCAUAGAUGAUGGAGUGGUUACAUUGCUGAAAAUCUUUCCUGAUCAUGAUACAGAGACUGUUAGAAGAGCCUCAGUG